AUGUCUACGUGCGGAACAUGUUUGCGCGUAUUCCCAGCUGGCUGGCAGUCGCGGCAGCAACACAUGGAUGCGACUGGACACUAUCCUCCAGACUUUGAGUGUGAUACGUGCGAUCGGUACUUUGGUAGUCAGCAUGCUGUCGACCAACACAUGACUGACCUGUUCCAUUGGGCUGAAUCCUCUGAGGCGGAUGAGCCAGAUUACGAGUGUGACGACUGCAACGCAAGUUUUUAUGAUGAAGAAGGCCUUCGCGACCACGAGGUCAAGGAACACUUCUACUGUGACCCUUGUGAUCGCUAUUUUCAAUGUUGGGGCAAUAUCAAUCAACACCUCCAUAGCAAAAUUCACCGCAAUAGCUCCAUUCGAUGCUUUUUCUGCAAGACCGAACAUGGAACGGCUACCGCGUUGGUUCAUCACCUUGAAGGCGGCUUUUGCCCAAAGGCCCCAUUGAGUCGUGAUACACUAUAUGAGGCAGUACGAAGGCGCGAUCCUAACGGUAUUAUCUCAAAGAAGCUGCUUACUUGGACAGGAAGCACAAGCUACGAGGCUACUGAGAUGGCAUGGAACUCCGCUGUCGACGCCUACCAAUGCUACCUAUGCGCACGCCUCUUCGGUAAACUUGCAUCACUGAAUCAACACCUUGGCUCCCCUAUUCACCAGCAGAAGCUCUAUCACUGCCCAAAUAGGCGCUGCAAUCGUGAUUUUAAAACUCUCGCAGCUGUUAUAAAUCAUCUAGAGAGUGAGAGUUGCGAUUACAUGCGUUUUGAGGCAGUACAGACGAACGUUCAGCGUAUCCUUGAUCCCAACCGGAUGAUACAAGCAUAA